AUGGCAGAUGUGGAAGUUGUAAAUUUGGAAAGAAUACAGUAUGGGUUAAAAAAUUUUGACAUGGUACUUAUUUUCAAAGAUUAUUCACAUCCACCAGUACACAUUAACACUAUUCCAAUGAGUCAACUAGAAGGUGUAAAGAGUUGGUUGGAUUCAAUAGGUAUUGUGUAUUAUGAAGGGACACUCAAUUUGAAUUGGACACAAAUAAUGCGAAACAUUAACAAAGAUCCAGCUGGUUUUUAUACAAAUGGAGGUUGGUCAUUUUUAGACAUGGAUGGAAAAGAUGAUGAUGACUUGGAAGUGUCAUCUGAUUCCGCAAGUGAAUUUAAGCUUGCAGAGAGUGAAGAAGAAGAUUCUGAGGCAAAAUUGGAGGAAGAAAGUGACGAAUCUGUUUUAAGUCAGGAUGAACUUAAAGAAAGGGCUCAUAAAGAUCGUGGUUUAAGUCCUCGUGGUUCAGAACGUGAUCGAAGAGAUGACAGGCACGACCGUGAUAAAAAAGGAAGACCACACUCUCGUCCACAUUCACCAAUGAAAGGGGAAGUUUCAACAGAGUCUUCCAAUAAUCCGUUGGCAAAUAUAAAUCCUGACGAAGAUCCUGAAAUGGCAAUGAUGAUGCUUAUGGGUAUAACAGGAUUCACCACUACAAAGGGUAAAAAAGUUUCUGGUAAUAAUGAUAUUUCAGCAGUUGACAUUAAAAAGCAAAGACAAUAUCGUCAAUAUAUGAAUAGAAGAGGUGGAUUUAAUAGGUAA